AUUAUUAUUAUGCAGAACCUCUCUAUUGCAUUCCGCUAUCACAUAGCUAGUAGAUAAGUACUAUCAGACAAUAUUACAAACUUUCCUGGGAGGGGUGCAUGCUGGGCUGCAGAGAAGUUGCUGUUCCUUUCCCCUCCCUCAAAUCAUGGGCGGUGGUCUGGUCUUGUCGUCACCAGUUUCACCUUGCAAAAAUACGGUAUUUUGUAAUGGGGAACUGCCAAUUCUUGCCCGGCUGCCUGCCUGAGGUGCCCCUCCCUCCCUCUCUCUUUGCUGGUCAUUUUUGUGUUUUCCCGCAACCCAAAUUUUUCCCCUCCACGGGUUUGCUUGUUUUGAUUUUGCUGCUUGAAGUGGUCCUCGAUCCACUCACUGUGACCCCGGCGACCAGCUCCAUCUCUCAGGGCGUCAACCCCCCAACGCACAAAUCAUCACGGCUGUUUUUCGAGGCAUUGUUUUUACUAACUAUAUCUGUCCACUUAAAGUGCCGGGUGGCUGUUCCAUAAAGAUUCUUUUGGGUUCUGUGUGUCUAUCAUUCGCGGGUGGUCGUCGUGGAUCGUCAGAAAAACUAACCGCAACUAUCCUGACAGCCUAGCUUCGGUGCCUUGCUCUAAGAUAAAGCUCUUCCGUAGUACUCCGUACUCUGAACCUUUCCCCUUAACGUGAUGGGAGCAUUGAUCGACAGAUAGUCUUC